AUGCUGACUUCCUCGCGCAUCAUGCUCCGAGCGUCGACCAAGGCGAUCGGUCGCUGCGCAUCGGUCCCCAGGCGGGCGUGCCCGCUCGUGUCGAGCCCCUCGCCGCGCUCCUCGCAGCCCAUCCACACUGUCAACGGCGCCCGGGCGUCGGGGCGCGUUCAGGCGUCGGCGGUGAGCGAGGCCCCUGUUCAGAAGGACGAGGUGAUCACGGGGAAGCCGGACUGCAACGUCACGGAGUCGAUCUUCGACCGCAUCGGCACUGACCUGCACCGCAAGCCCGACCACCCGCUGGGCAUCAUCAAGGGCGUCAUUUACGACUUCUUCGAGCAGAAGCACCCGGGCAUGUUCAACACGUUCGACAGCCUGCGGCCCGUGGUGUCCGCGAAGGCCAACUUCGACGAGGUCCUCGUCCCCGCGGACCACGUCUCGCGCUCGUACAACGACACGUACUACGUCGACAGCGAGACGGUGCUCCGGUGCCACACCUCGGCGCACCAGGCCGAGAUGCUCCGGAACGGCGAGACGCGCUUCCUCGUCACGGGCGACGUGUACCGCCGCGACACCGUCGACGCCACGCACUACCCCGUGUUUCACCAGAUGGAGGGGGUGCGCGUGUUCACGGACGAGGAGAUCGCGGCGGCCGGGUGCAGCGGCGCGGAGCUCGCGGAGAAGGACCUGAAGGAGACGCUCGAGCAGCUCGCGACGCACCUGUUCGGCGAGUGCGAGAUGCGGUGGGUCGACGCGUACUUCCCCUUCACGGAGCCGUCGUUCGAGCUGGAGAUCUUCUACCAGGGGGAGUGGCUCGAGGUGCUCGGGUGCGGCGUGAUGGAGCAGGAGAUCCUGGACAAGAACGGGCGGGAGGGGUCCAAGGCGUGGGCGUUCGGCCUCGGGCUCGAGCGCCUGGCGAUGGUGCUGUUCAAGAUCCCCGACAUUCGGCUGUUCUGGUCCUCGGACGAGCGCUUCCUGUCGCAGUUCAAGGCCGGGGACAUGUCGACGGAGUUCAAGCCGUUCUCGAAGUACCCGCCGUGCUUCAAGGACAUGGCGUUCUGGGUGUCGGAGGACUUCACGGAGAACAACCUGUGCGAGAUCGUGCGCAGCGUGGCGGGGGACAUCGCGGAGGAGGUCAAGCUGAUCGACGACUUCACGAACCCCAAGACGGGCAAGCGGUCCAACUGCUACCGCAUCGCGUACCGGUCAAUGGAGCGGUCGCUAACGGACGAGGAGAUCAACGCGCUGCAGGAGGAGGUGCGGUCGCAGACGGCCGCGAAGCUCGGCGUCGAGCUGCGGUGA